AAGUAUUUAAAAAGUUUUUACAUCAUUUUAUCAUCAUCAAAGAAAAUAAUCUGAUCCAGUUUGAGGUUUUCUUUUUAAAAUGUUGGAAAAGACGAAAAUUUUUUUGCACUCGGCCGCUUUUUGUGUAAAUAUAUUGACGUUCACAACGGGAAUAGCGAUGUCCUGGUCAUCUCCUUCGUUACCGAAGCUAUCAAGCACCGAUCCGGAUAUUAAUCCGUUAGGUGAACCGAUUACAACUUCCCAAGAAUCUUGGAUAGCUUCGUUACCUUCGAUAGCUAGCGUUUUCGGUACCAUAAUCGCUGGAUUGGUAGCGGAUAGAAUAGGAAGGAAGAAAACUUUACUUUUCUUCAGUAUAUCUUUCUUGGUGUGCUACAUAGUUAUAGCUUUCGCUAAAUCGGUAACUACGUUGUAUAUAACGAGAUUUCUAAUCGGUAUUAGCUGCGGUAGUACUUUGGCGGUUUUACCGAGUUACGUGGCCGAAAUUUCGGAGGAUUCCAAUCGAGGCGUCCUGGGCUGCAUAAUGGGUAUAAUGGGAUCUUCGGGAUAUCUGUUCGUUUACGCAAUCGGUCCUUUUGUUUCUAUCAGAACCUUCGCUUUCCUCCAAGUCGUACCUAUCCUUAUAUUUUACUUGAUAUUCGUACCUUUCAUACCCGAAAGUCCUUAUCAUUUCCUAGCGAACGAUCUGCGUAAAGAAGCCGAGGAUUGUUUGAGGAAAAUACGGAAACCUGGCGAAGUAGAAAGGGAGUUGGCGUAUUUGAUAGACGUGGUAAAGGAGAAUAAAAGUAAAAAUUGGAGGGAUAUAUAUUCGACUAAAGCUGCGAGGAAGGGAUUGAUUAUUACGUGCGGGUUGUUGGCGUUUCAACAACUAUUAGGUUUCAUGGCGGUUUUAUCUUAUAUGCAAACCAUUUUCGAAGCUACCGGUACUAGUAUACCAUCUAAUACGGCUUCCAUAAUCAUCGGGGUUGUACAGAUAAUAUCGAAUGUUCUAGCGACCAUUUUGGUAGAUAAAUUAGGCAGAAAGAAGCUUCUAUUAACCUCAAAUAUAGGUUGUACUUUAUCGUUAACUUGUAUAGGUACAUUCUUCUUUUUUAAUCAAAACGAAUACGACACGGAUACGAUUUUUUGGUUACCUUUAUUGAGUCUCGUAAUUUUUUUCGUAUCUUUCAAUUUCGGGUACGGUACUUUACCUUUAACCAUUUGCGGAGAAUUAUUUCAAAAUAAUAUAAAAUCUUUGGCCGCCAGUUUAUCGACUUUCGUUUGUUUAUCUUUGUCUUUUUUGGUUACUUUGUGUUUUCCUUAUUUGGAAAACGCACUCAAUAUGACGGGAGUUUUCGCUAUAUUCGCCGUCGCCUCCGUAUUUUCUAUCAGUUUCGUUGUUUUCGUCGUACCCGAAACGAAAGGUAAAAGUUUCAAAGAAAUAUUAGACAUAUUAGGAGAUUAGCUGCUACCAGACUUCGCUUUUUUUUGGCACGAGUUUUCCUUUCUGAUGCCAUUCCGUGAAAUCUCUUUUGGAUAUCCGAUCGUCGUUUCAUAAUUCGUUACAAUUAAUCAAAAUACACUUUAAUUGUUGCAGUAAACAUCUAAAAACAUUCUAAAGGGUCAUUCACGGGAACCGGAUGAUAAAAAAAUUGAAUAUUUACUUUUAUUGGUACUCAAUUACGGCCUCAAUUGCGUGCAGCAUGUCUACUACAUCGAUCUGGAAACCCCCACAGAAAAAAAUCACGACUACACAAAUCGGGAGACCGAGGAGUCCAAGUCCAACAACACCAGCUUUUCCUACUGCACACCUUUGGACUAUGAAGUGGUAUCUCGUGAAGCUGAUGGCAAUUUUGUUUGUUUUCGAAGCUCUCAAUGACUGAAAUGUAAAUUCUACGAACAAAGGAAACGUCAGAUACUAGUCACGUGCCACUCCCACCACGAGCGCCCGUGUACAAACCAUUUUAAAAACAUCCGGUUCCCGUGAAUCACCACUAGGGAUUUAAAUAUUUAUAUUCAUAAUUUAGCUGUUUAAUUUCUAUUUUUGUUUAUUAUACUUUAUAUGAGAAUGUAAUAAAAUUUCGAUACGAAAACUACGAGUA